UAACAUCGAGAGUACUUGGCAAUGUAUUGUUUGGUUGGCAAACACCAAUGGCAGAUAGUUAUUCAUCAUAAAUACGUAAAGCAAAUGAAGCGUUAGGUUCUUUGUUGGUCAAAGUUAGAUUUAAUCUCGGAGAAGAAGGGCGAAAACCGAUUUAUUAGGCCUACCUUUAUCAGUGAUGACUAUGAGGGUCUGUACUAUCGUUCCGCUCUCCGUAUUUUUCGUCUGCCUAGCAGUAUUUAAUAUUUGUUAUGCAGAUUGUACAUAUGAUUCCAGUUGGUGUAAGAAUGGCGGUUACUGUGACUACUCACAAAGGAGAUGUAUUUGUCCACUUGGGUUUGCAGGUAAAAGGUGUGAAACAGGACUGAAAUAUAUGCUUAACGAAUGUUCGAAGUUUCUGUAUCUGAAUACAACCGAUACAUUGGUUUUAAAAUCACAGUCAUCCAGCUAUGUGCCCGCCGACGUAUAUUGUGAAGUGUACUUGAGGCCACCAUCCUCUCGUCACCAAAUUCUUGUAAAUAUUGACGAGUUUUCGAUGCAUUCCGACUGUAAACACAGCUACCUCCAGUUUGGCAAUAGAGAAAAAUUUUGUGGUUUAAGUUACAUGUCGCAGUACGUACUGCCAGAAGCUACUACGAUGUAUCUGAAGCUGGGACACUACCUUAAUCACGAGCAUUAUGGUUUUAUAAUGACCAUAUCAACAUUUGUGCCACAAAGUGAUUUCUAUUUCCGCUGUUAUUGGCCUGAUGACUUCGCCUGUGACAAUAGGCGUUGUGUUUCAAGUUUUCUCCUUAACGAUGGCUUUGAUAACUGUGGUGAUGGUAGCGACGAGUUCGUAACAGAUUUGACUUGUGAUAGUGAUGAACAUAAGUGCUUCGACAGAUGUAUUCCUAGACGAUGGAAAUGCGAUUGUAAUUCUGAUUGCAUUGUCGGUGAAGAUGAAUGGGGGUGUGACUGUCGCAAUCAAGACGCGAACUGUGCCCCAAACGAAAUCUGGUGUGAACAUACACAAAAGUGUAUUUAUUAUCGAAGCACAUGUUAUAAAGACAUAUGGACAACACCGAGCGCGAACUGUGCCCCAGACGAAAUCUGGUGUGAACGUACACAAACGUGUAUUUAUUAUCGAAGCACAUGUUAUAAAGACAUAUGGACAACACCGAGCGCGAACUGUGCCCCAGACGAAAUCUGGUGUGAACGUACACAAACGUGUAUUUAUUAUCGAAGCACAUGUUAUAAAGACAUAUGGACAACACCGACAAAUGAGGAAUGCCAAGGUAGAGAGUUUCUUUGUGAAGAUUCGUACAAGUGUAUACCUAUGGAUUUUGUUUGCGACAACUAUGUGGACUGUGACGAUGAAUCAGACGAAAACAAUUGCCCCGCGACCUGUGCCCCAAACAAAUUCUGGUGUGAACAUACACAAACGUGUAUUUAUUAUGGAAGCACAUGUUCUGAACACAUACGGACAACACCGACAAAUAAAGAAUGCCAAGGUAAAGAGUUUCUUUGUGAAGAUUCGUACAAGUGUAUACCUAUGGAUUUUGUUUGCGACAACUAUGUGGACUGUGAUGAUGAAUCAGACGAAAACAAUUGCCGGGUGAGUAGUGGUGUGUUGACUGGAAUUGUUCUUGCAAGUAUGUUGUCUUUGGUCUGUUUUGUUGGUGCUUCAUUAUUGGUGGUAUCCAUUGUACUAAAGAGACGGCAAGAAAGAGAGAGACGCAACAAUGAUAUUCGGACAGUCAGUGCAUACGUUCCCCCCGAGCCUCAGAAUCUCUACACCAACUGCGACAUUCCACCAUCCUACGAGAUUGCUGUCGGCAUUGACAAAGAAGCCUUAGAAGAUAAAGAGAGUGUUUCGCCAGAAUCGAAAAGUAACAGCGAUUUUGAGGAAGGGGAAGAUCCAUCGUUUUAUGACCUUCCAGACUUUGAUGAUUGUUUUGAACUUCCACUGGUGAAUGCUAUUUCUGAAAUAGCAAAGACUCAACCUCCACAUUUAUAAACAAGGAAAUAAUCAUCCAUAACCUUGAACUUGCUACCAAAGCUUCUUUUUUAUGCAUUUUGUACUACAAUAAAUUUUUUUUUUGGAUGUUUUUCAACUCACUCCCAGUAAAAGAUGCCUUCAUCUGCUCAAAGCUUUAUUAUGAACUUUAAAACAAUUCAAAAAUUCUUUAUCACGUUUGUGACAGUCUUGCCACAUUUUAUGUGGAUUGAAAAUUACUGCAGUUUGAAAUUACUGCAGUUUGACAGUACUGUAGUUGCAAAGGGUAUGUUUAUAGCACAUCAUGUAAUGAUUCCCAGCAGUUUACUGGCAUUCCCUCUAAUCAUUACAAUGUGAUUUAUACUAUUAAAUAACAUCUAUAUAUCUAUUUUUAAACUUUCA